UGUAGUGUCUGCACCUUUAGGAACAGCGCCGAAGCCUUUAAAUGCAGCAUCUGCGAUGUGAGGAAAGGCACCUCCACCAGGUAGGUGGCCCCUCCCCUCCGACCGGGGCUCACCUGUGGCUCCAGCCGGCAGACCCCACUUCUCUCGGUCCGCUGCAGACGAAGGAUCUCCAGCCUUCUCCUCCUACCCUUUCUCAGGAUUCCAGGUAGGGGCCCCCUCCCCUCCGACCGGGGCUCACCCGUGGCUCCAGCCGGCAGACCCCACUUCUCUCUGUCCGCCGCAGACGAAGGAUCUCCAGCAUUCUCCUCCUACCCUUGCUCAGGAUUCCAGAUUUUCUUUCUCUGCUAGAGGAAUCACACAACAAUUUGAAGCUCCUCAGGUGAACUUUGGAAGAAGCUUCCACUACCAGGUACAAUGGCUUCGACUACUAAUCCUGCAGUUUGAAAGGGCCUAUCACGUGGAUUAAGGCUUGCCAGGAACAGAGGGAGCAGUCCAAGUGCUGCAUGGAUCGCAACGCUCUCCUGGAGUCCGAUGCACCCAACCUGCUCUGCCGAAGUCUGACGCUCCCCAACCUCCCAUUGGAGCCCUGGACGAGAAAACCUAGAAUAAACUCCCAGUUGGUUGCACAGCAAGUGGCACAGCAGUAUGCAACACCCCCACCACCAAAAAAGGAGAAGAAGGAAAAAGUUGAAAAGCAGGACAAAGAAAAAUCUGAUAAAGAGAAAGAAAUUAGCCCAAGUGUUACAAAGAAAAACACCAACAAGAAGACUAAACCAAAGUCAGAUAUUCUGAAAGAUCCUCCUAGUGAAGCAAAUAGUAUACAGUCUGGGAAUGCUACAGCAAAGACCAGUGAGUCAAAUCACACUUCAAGGCCCAGGCUGAAAAAUGUGGACCGAAGCACCGCGCAGCAAUUGGCAGUAACAGUGGGGAAUGUCACGGUCAUUAUCACAGACUUUAAAGAAAAGACUCGUUCUUCUUCUACAUCGUCAUCCACAGUGACCUCCAGUGCAGGAUCAGAACAGCAGAAUCAGAGCAGCUCUGGGUCGGAGAGCACAGACAAGGGCUCAUCCCGUUCCUCAACACCAAAGGGCGACAUGUCGGCAGUAAAUGAUGAGUCUUUCUGAAAAUUGCACAUGGAAUUGUGAAAACUAUGAAUCAGGGUAUGAAAUUCAAAUUCUCCACCUGCCCAUGCAGCUUCCAUCCCCCGGAGAGUCUUCUGUGGACGUCGACCUCUUACUGAUGCUACCAGGAUAGUUUUCAGCUUGCCAUGGGCAUCUGGCCACCAAGGAGUUUCACACCCUGACGAUUACUCUUGACACUUUUAUGUAUUCCAUUGUUUUAUAUGAUUUUUUUUCCUAACAAUCAUUUAUAAUUGGAUGUGCUCCUGAAUCUACCUUUUUAUAAAAAUCUGCUGUGCACAGUUUUCCAUGUACAUUAGACCCUUUUUUGUGUGAGGUUUUGGCUUUUUUGUUUUGGCUUUAUUUAUUGCGUUCACAAACUCCAUCCUUUCAGAAUAUUCAUUUAGUUCUUUCUUCCAGUUAUAUUAUGUGCUAUAAGUUUUGAUAUAACUAUAUAUUUAUAUGGUUAUUUGAAGCCAAUACAUGGCAACGCUGGUGCUUGAUACACUGUGAAGUGAAAUAACAUUGAACAGUUACAGACCGGGACAGAGCCUUCUAUGAAAGUGCUGAAAUUAAAUUUAGUCUUACAUGAAGCGUAUUCCAACCUCAGUGGGAAUUUGAUUCCCCUUCUUUCAUGUUUAUCUAGUGAGUACUGGACAAAAAAAAAAAGAUAGACCUAUACACACCUUAGCGAUACUAUCUGCAAUUACAAGUCUGCUCCAGAGAUCUUGCAUUCACGACAGACAGAAUAUAACUGACAGAUCACAAGUUCUUGUCAAAUGGAAAAUGCUCAGUCAUUCAAAAGUAACUCAACAGACUUAAAGAAUGCCAAGUAUCCAUGUGUAUUAUUGUUACACAUUAAUUAACAUUGCUAACUCCUGCAUAAUCAUUCAUAAAAGUAUGGUAUUCUGUAACUAUGAAUUCCUUCCAUUUUCCAGGCCUGGGUUUAUGACUGAGAUGAUUGUUAAAAUCUGUGGAGUACCUGUUAGUUUUAGGAUUCCGGGCACAAGUAAACCUUAAACUGAAACUGUAAAGGCUAGAAGCUUGACAGCUGACACUUUAGAGUUUACUUGUUCUUGCUUGACAGUGCAUAGACCUUUUGUAAUUAAAUUUCUUGGGUCUUUUUUUCCCUUCUAUUGUAGAAAUUGUUGUUAAAUCUAGUUCUCUUUGUUUUCUGAAAGCAAUUUUUGAACCACAAUGGUUAUGACAUGCUUUUUAGUAUUUGUAGAUGUAUCUUGCUGUGGUAACUAAAAGUUGGAAGAUGUUUUCAUGCUAACCAACUGAGCAGCAAGUGAGGUCCAGUGUUGGCCAGUAUCUUUUGUUCUAUACAUAAAAAUAACCAUAUGAAACUUAUCUCCAAACAUCUUAGUAUUGCUAGGGCAUUGCCCUUCUGUUUGUUAUGGUCCCAUGAAGACACUAGUCUGAAAUGUUUUGAGUUGCACAACCUCGCCUCCCACCCCCCACAGAUUUCUUUGGCUUUUCACCCUCUGUCAUGUGGCCCAUAGUGCUCCUUAUUCAUUCCAAACACAACACCCGUUGUUGUUCAGUACAUGUGGCCCCAUUUUAGAUAUUCAAACGUGAGUCGUUCCCCUUCCAUUUGGAGUGAAGCAGCAGAUUAUGAUACCUUGAUUUAGUGACAAAAAAUAGCUUGUGUACAUAUGGAGGCAAAUGAUCAAUUGUAUUUUUCAAGUAGCCAUCAGGCAGGGUUCCUUUCACAUUUACAUUCAAACUAUUUCUCUCAUGUAGACAUUUAAUUUCUAUUAUUGAAGUUCUAGAUUCCAAAGCAGUGCCAUUUGUUACUCUGGUCCCAUAUAAAAUGGGGUUCCCCUCCUUUAAAGUUAUGCUUGUAGCAGAGGAGCAAGCGGUAAUUACCUUUGAAAAUAUGUUUUUCAAGUAUUAAAAAAACCAAAGGAAACUUGAUGCUUUCUGUAAGCAUUAGCCUCUAUUAUACAUAGUGGUUUGACUAUGAAUUUUAAAAUUCACAUUUUAAGGCCAGUGAACCUUUGCAAAGACAUUCCUUCUGAAGUUUUAAUAUUCUUUAUAUUAAGGGUCUCAGGGAGGGAAAACUGGUUAGCCAUAUUUAUUUUCCAGAGGUGCAUGAAAAUUCUAUGUCCAUUUUACACAAAAUCUUUAAAUGCCACUAAAUGAAUGUGUGUUGCACUGCUUUAUAAAUCAGUUACUGUUCUAAGCACUGUGCAUUUUUCAAAAUUAGUUUCAUGUAAAGUGAAUGGACCGCUAGAUUAAUGGAAAACUGAUGAGCCAGCUGCUCAGAGGCUGCUAACUCAUUUGUUUCAAGCGUCUUGGUUUUUCAGUUUUGCCUCCUUGAUAGAUAGAGGGUGUCUCUUAAGGAUCUGGCGAGUAGGAAGAAAGGGUGGAUUGCCUCGAAAGAAAUGGGCAAAAACUCUGCAUUUAGUAGCGAUUGCAAAUUAAGAAGUGGAAGAUGCUAGCUAAGCAACCAAAAAUUAUUGGGCCAGUCUUUUAGCUGUUUGUGUAGUUUCUGUUGAGGUAGUAGGUGCUUUUAGACAUUUUAGUUCUGAAAUUGAUUCCACCUCCCCAGGCACAUAUUCGGAUAUGGAAUUCCCUUAAGUUCCUGCAUUUGCAGUUUGCCCUACAGUUAGUAGGCAGCACAUAAGAACACUAGUGUAGAUUAUAUGUGUACACACACACACACACACACACACACACGGAUGUGGGUGUAUAUAUAUAUGUGUGUGUGUCUAUAUAUACGUAUAUAUGAUAUGCACACAUAUAUGUAUGUGCGUAUAUAAAGAGGACCAGAAAUACUUGGUAUUCAGUGGCACAUUAAGCAGAUGAUAAAAGCACAGUGUUAUGUUUGCAAGUUUUAAUUUUUACACCAACACACAGAGUCACACACAUAGGUUGCCUGACUUGCUGUACUUGUAAGUUUUGCAAUGAAAAAAGUCACUGCAUUUUCACGUAGAAAAAAAAAUAUUGAUUUUGAUUCACACACUUCAGUUUAGAACUUAACAAUUAAAAUUCGGCAGUAGCUUCUGUGAGUUUAUUUCCACUAAGACGUUUCACCUGCCUUAUCAAGACCAUUCUCAGUCUGUUUUUUAAGCCACCGUAUCUCAAAUUAUUGAAGAUUUAUUCAUUGCUGAAUAUAUAAUAACCUUUGCUUGUAUGUAACCGAAAGUGGUUUUGAGAGCCAACAUUUAAGAGUAUGACAAUGGAGCUGAACAGUUUUUAAUGCGCAAGCAGUUCUGUUCUUGUGUAUGACUUGUAACCUUAAUUUACUGUGUAAAGAUGGUUACAUUAUUUCCUUAGCUUUGUUUGUUGGAGACAAAUAGAGAAUGCUUGUUUAAGUAUGUCAAAACAUAAUCUUGUGAAUUUUUGUUAAUGUUACUAUACGAGCUAUAUUUUUCAUUUGCCCAGAAAGACAGCUUGUAUAAUGCUUUUGAAAGUUUCUGCUCUGUAAAGUCUUUAGAGCUGACAGUCUGUUAGGUUUGUUUUAUCUUCAUGCUAAAAUGUCAAUUGGUGGUUUUGUGAACUGGUCAGAAAUUCACAGGUCUUAAAUGUUUUGGGGAAAAUUUAUAUUGGGCACUGCUCUUUGUCUAGCAAAUAAAAAGAUGUUAAUAUAUUCCUGUUACUGGCAUGUGCACGACUAUGUUAUUAGAAGCCACUUUAUCAUUUGCUUUAUCUGCUUCAAAUAGAAAUGUCUAUUUAAGAGUUCUGCUUGUAGUUUUUUCACAAAUAAAAUAGUAAAAUGUAAA